AUGGCUCAGGCUAGGAGGAUAAAUUCUGUCAAAGAAUUGAACGGAAGUACCGGAUGUGGAUGGCUGAUUAACGUCAAGUUGUGCAAGUUGUGGGAUCCCCAUCAUUUUAAAAAUUGGGAUAGAGUUGAGAGCCGUGAAAUGCUUCUUAUGGAUUCAAAUGGUGACAGAAUUGUUGUCGGGGUCCAUCGUGACCACUUUCAUCAUUUCAACGAAAAGCUCAUUGAAGGAACUUCUUUACUGAUCUCUAGCUUCGAUGUGCAAAAAAUGGAGAGAGAUUCAAGCAGUGCAAACAUGUUUUCCAGAUUAAAUUUUAUGAGCGUACGACAAUCGAACCAGGCCCGUAUGUUGGCACUACCAAUUUUGGAGGAAUCCAUGGCUUUGAUUUUGUCAGUUUCGCCUAUAUCAAUGCACAAAAGAUUUACCCAAAUUAGUAGAAUCACUUGUACUGCUGGAUUUGAUGAAAAUGCAAAGAUUGAUGUGCUUCAGCCUCAGCCAAAAUUAGGAACAAUUGAUGAUGUCAUUACAUGGCAUAAAAUCACCAUUGAAGAGUUGUCGACUAUAACUACACCAAGGUCAAACUAUGCACUUAUUGCCACUAUUGAGGCUCUUGAUCCGGAUUUUAGAUGGUAUUAUAUUGGUUGCCGCAAAUGUCACAAAUCUGUAAAAGAAGAGGUUGUUCCAAUUGCUGUGGGUACCCCCAACAAUCAAAUACCGGAGGAACUUUACCAACUUGUGGAGAAGAGGCUCAUAUUCAAAUUUGAGGCGACUGAUUAUGUCAUACAAACGGGGUCGACGGUUUACAAAUGCACAAAAAUUAUUGAGGAUCCCAUACUUAUUAAAAAGUUUGAGAAUGUUGUUUGUCCUGUAGAGUCUGUUUCCUCAAACAUCCCCAAGGUGACUGGUUCAAGCUCUGUUAGAACUGAAUAUGAUCAAGACGAUGAACCUAUCACUCCUGUUAGUUCUAUUCAAAAGUGGAAAGUUGUUGAGAUUGACAUCGACGAUCAAGAACAUCAGGCCUCGACUAAUAAAAAGCAUGUCUAA